AUGGAUCCUCUUACCAGAAUACUUCACAUAAAACCUUUUGGGUCUCUGUAUAUGCUCUAUAAGCGUAUCGUGAUCAUUGCAAAGAUACCGUUUCAGGUGGUAUCAUACCUUUUAGGAAUUAACAAGCUGCGGCCCUCGUGGACGCUGAAAAAAGUGCUGAUACUGAGUGCGCUUCGGGAGGUAACCUAUAUAUCGGAAAAGACUGGAAUCAAUGGUGGGCGAGACCACACAAAAGAGGUCGUAGCCAAGGACUGUUUAGAUGCCCACUUCAUUUGGGUCGAUGGUGUGCCUGACGAGCUCAUCGUCGGUGAGGUCAAGCGACUAGCACAAGUAUGUGGAGCUCAGUCUGUAUGCAUCCCUGCGUAUGGUUUUGGAAGGUGGAACUCGACGCAAGACCUGGCGCGAGAUGGGGAAAAGAUCAUUCUCAAUCUCCAUGGCGGAGGAUACAUAGCAGGGACGGCUCACCCCGAGGACUUGACGGCCAACAUCCCCCGCGGAUACCUCGCACAUGGAAUCUCACGUGUUCUCUCAAUCGACUAUCGCCUAUCUACCACCCACCCGUACCCAACCGCCGCGCCCUUCCCAUCGGCCCUCCUGGACGCGCUCGCGGGUACGUCUACCUCCGCGGGCGGGAACCUCGCGCUCGCGCUAGUUCGGUAUCUCAGAGACUCGCGUGAUCACGAGUCGGGUCUAGAUCUAGGCAUGCCUGGAGGGUUGAUCGCGAUUUCUCCGUGGGCCGAUCCUGUCGGGACGUACUUUGCUACCUUGACGGACGACUCGCCGGGCGUCGUGAACGCCAAGACCGACUAUCUUCGACUCGUGGAUAAAAGGGGGACGGUUGUGUCUCAACAUGGGUACGCGGCUCGUGCGCUUGCUGGGCCCAUGUCGGCCGAAGAUGCUACUCGAAGCCCGUACAUCUCUCCCGGAUCGUUGAAUUUAACGACGGAUGGGCUGUUCAAGGGCGAGGCGCUCAUUCAGGAGAUCCGAGUUCUCCAGACCCGGAUGAAGAAGGACUGCGAAGUGGUUUACGAUGAAGUUGUUGAUGCUGUUCAUGAUUUUGUCGCUUUUCCCCAGUGGGAGCCUGAGCGAAGUGAAACGUUCAAGAAGAUUGUGGAUUGGAUUCAGAACUUGUAG